CCUGAGUGCGGUCCCGUUGCAGUGACGUAAGCAAGUGGAAAGAUUUGCUUUGGAAGCUGAACCUUUGCGGCGAUAUCUGGGAGAGAGGAGGCUAGCGAGAGCUGUAUGACAUUGUAGAGCUCUAUUCGUUUUGUAGCAGAGCUGUUUGUCAAUGGAAGACAACCCUAAGAUGUUGCCUCUUGAAAAUGCAGCAAUUCUGUCUGAGGGCUCUCUACAAGAUGGUCAUCGCUUGUGGAUUGGCAAUGUGGAUCCUAAAAUAACAGAGUAUCACCUUUUAAAACUGCUUCAAAAAUUUGGAAAAGUAAAGCAAUUUGAUUUUCUGUUCCACAAAUCCGGACCAUUAGAAGGACAGCCCAGAGGAUACUGUUUUGUAAACUUUGAGACAAAAGCAGAAGCAGAGAGAGCAAUUCAUUGUCUCAAUGGGAAAAUGGCCCUUUCCAAGAAACUUGUGGUAAGAUGGGCCCAUGCACAAAUUAAGAGAUAUGAUAACUAUAAAAGUGAAAAGGUUUUACCAAUCAGUCUUGAGCCAUCUUCAAGCACAGAACCAACUCAAUCUACCCUAAGUGUCAGUGCUAAGAUUAAAGCCAUUGAAGCUAAACUGAAAAUGAUGGCAGAAAAUCCAGAUCCAUUGCUCCCCGGGCAGUCGACCUAUUCCUACUUCAAGUCGAAUGAAAAGAGAAAAAACGCGCCAUACCCGAAAUCUUCACAGAAAUCCAAGAGAUGAUAUUCUGCUACAAGCCACUACAAUUUUGUCACAGGCAGCAACUGUUGCUUCAGUACUAAACAAACCUCAUGCGACUCUUGCUGAUUUCUAAAGACUUUGUGAUAAUGUGUGAAAAACACUCACGCAUAUUCCAAUUUUAUUUUUUAAUUUAUUUAAGAUUUCAAAUUUCUUGACUGUCGUUUUGUUACGCAAGUAUUUGUACUUGAGUCCUCUAUUCCUAUACUGGAGAAAGUUUUUAAGCACAUCUGGAAAGCAUACAUUUAGCAGGAUUGAACAAAUGUGGAUUAUGAAAUGUAAGAAUGCCUCAGUCAGAGAUUCUAUGUCAAGUUUUUGACUGCAUGCUUGACAUUAGUCUUCUGCUAAGAAUGCAUGAAACUUGGACCCAUUCUCAUUACCGCCAUUAGCAAUCUUCUCUGUUUUAAGUCUCCAGUCUCCAGUCUCCUUCCAGUUCUUCCCCAAGUACACAGAUAAGCUCUGGUUAAGCCUGUUCUACUGAGAACCAGGUUGCACUGACCUCUGUGGGCACUGUAAAGAAGUUUGAUGGAACUGCUGGCACGGAGAAGGAAUUUACUUACGCAGGGAAAGUUUCCUAGUGGAGUUAACAGGCUCAGUGUAUAUGCCCAAGUGAAAGAUGUUGGACUGUAGAAUUGGCAUAUUACAUUCAUAAGUAUAUGAAGAAUACAAGCAGUGCUUUCAGCCUGUAACAACCUGUUUGCUUUUUUUUAAGAAACUACAAUAUGUUUGCUUUUGUCUACUUGUAAUAUGGUGCGGCAUUGUCUUGAACUACUGUUUGAGGACCAGCAUUUGGGACAGUUCCAGGAGCAUCCAGAACAGCAAAUAUGCAUUCAUCCCUGACCUAUGGGAACCCAUCUUUCAAGAGACUAUAAGACUCGAGUGAUAAUAAAACAAAAUUGUGGCAAGAAAGAACAGUGAUUAUUAUUGCAGGGGGACUCAGAGGUGUUUAUACCCUCCUGUUUUUUGAUCGGAUAUGGGAAUAUUGCUGCCUAUCGCUUCCGUUUGUUAUUAUACAUGGGAAGACUUGUGACUGAGAAUAUGUUACUAAAAUAUAUUUUGUUUUGUUUUAAA